CCAAAAAGAAAUAGUGGAACCAAUCAAACUAAAAAGGGCAAAAGUGACAAAAAUGAUUAAAAUUAGAAAGUGAUGGCUGACGUGGACACCUUGUAGUGUCUUCUCUCCCAUCCAACGGCCCAGAUUCAUUCCCACUAUCUUUAUUUUAACUCCCACAAAACUCACACUUCUCACUUCAUCAAAACACACACAAAAAAACACACACACACACACAAAAAACACACACAAAAGUGAGAAUUUAUUCGAAAGAUUUGAUGUUGGGCAAACGCGGUUCUUCUUCUUUCCGGAGAACAACAAGCAUGAAGGAGAUUAACUUCGAUGUGGGAUGUAUGGAGGAGGAGACGGCGGCGGCGGCGGCGCCGCCACUUCAACCUCCGUUGACGGUGAUCGGCGGCGGCGGCGAGUUUAAUGGUUGUGAUUAUAACUACAUGCUGUCUCCCAGAUACUUUGGAAAUACUUCUCCGGUUUUUUCGGCCGGCGGCGUCGGCACGGCGGAUUUCUUGAGGAGCUGCGGCCUCUGCAACCGCCGGCUGGCGCCUCGUCGUGACAUCUAUAUGUAUAGGGGUGACACUGCGUUUUGUAGCCUUGAGUGUAGAGAGCAACAAAUAAAGCAAGACGAGAGAAAAGAGAGGCGCGCCGCCGCCGCCGCGGCGGUUGCAGAAAAGGGUGAGAUUCACCGCCCAGAGCUAGCGGCGGCCACCGCCGCCGCCGCCAAAGCCAAGACUGUUGUGGCAGCAUGACUAAUAAAUUAUGGACAUGAUAUAUAUAUGGUAAUGGAAUAAUGGUAUAUAUAUGUAUGUAUAUGGAAUUAUGGAUGGACGCAAAUAAUUAAUGGUUUUCUUUUAGUAGUAUAUGUAUUAAUUAAUUAAUUAAUGAUGUAGUAAAUAUAUAUAACUAGACUAUGGCUGCAAAAGAAAAAAAAAGGAGAGCAUUUUGAUGGAGUUAAUGAUGUUCAUGUAAGAACUAAUUGAUUUGUGUUUGUAUUAUGAAAUGGUUUUGAAUUAGUGUUUUUUAUGAAAGUUUUUAAUUAUUUGAUUAUGGUUA